CGAGCCCGCGGGAGGGUGCCCUCGGGCCUCCGGGAACACCUGGGGCUCGCCCACGGCUCUCCACUGACAUCUGCCGUGAUGCGGGAGGAACGGCAAACGGUUCUGGGCCCGGGAGCAAAGGGACCACUGGGACUCAGGGUCUGAAUCACCCCGAGACUUGUAAAGAUCACCUCCCAGCCUCCCGAGGAGUCUGAUGGGAACUGGUCCCCGUCUAGACCUGCGAUUUGUUCUUCCCUUCACGACCUCCUCCCACCCCCGCCAGCGAUGUAAACCUGUUGGGACCGCUCGGUAAAGCAAUGGCCGAGGGUGGGGUUUGGAGGCCGCUGUCGUCACAGAAUGUGGAGAAGCUGGAUGAGCAGGAAGCAGGUUACAGUUCCUCUCAGUCAUCUUAUCAAUGCCUUCCAUUCACCAAAAAAACCCUCUUUCUCUGCCAAUACGUCAGUUUCUCAAAACCAGCAUCGAGAUAUAGUUCCUGAACGUGAGGCUCCCACCAGUGAGCCUGCACUUAAUUUAAGGGACCUUGGAAUAUCUGAAUUAAGAAUUGGCCAUAUUGACCAACUGAUAGAAAAUCUACUUCCUGGAUUUUAUAAAGGCAAAAAUGUAUCUUCCCAUUGGCAUACAUCUCAUGUCUCUGCACAGUCCUUCUUUGAAAAUAAACAUGGUUACAUAGAUAUGUUUAGCGCUUUACGUUCCUCUUGCUUAUACAGACAACAUUCAAGAACUAUUCAUAACAUUUGUUCAGAUCUUCAGUACUGGCCAGUUUUCAUACAGUCUCGAGGUUUUAAGACUUUGAAAUCAAGGACACGACGUCUACAGUCUACCUCUGAGAGAUUAGCAGAAUCACAGAAUACGGCACCAUCAUUUGUGAAGGGGUUUCUUUUGCGGGACAGAGGAUCAGAUGUUGAGAGUUUAGACAAACUCAUGAAAACUAAAAAUAUACCUGAAGCUCACCAAGAUGCAUUUAAAACUGGUUUUGCAGAGGGUUUUCUGAAAGCUCAAGCAUUAACACAAAAAACCAAUGAUUCCCUAAGGCGAACUCGUUUGAUUCUCUUUGUUCUGCUGUUAUUUGGCAUUUACGGACUCUUAAAAAACCCAUUUUUAUCUGUUCGCUUCCGGACAACCACAGGGCUUGAUUCUGGAGUAGAUCCUGUCCAGAUGAAAAAUGUCACCUUUGAGCAUGUUAAAGGAGUGGAGGAAGCUAAACAAGAAUUACAGGAGGUUGUUGAGUUCUUGAAAAAUCCCCAAAAAUUUACUGCACUUGGCGGUAAACUCCCAAAAGGAAUUCUUUUAGUUGGACCACCUGGAACAGGAAAGACACUUCUUGCUCGAGCUGUUGCAGGAGAAGCUGAUGUUCCUUUUUAUUAUGCUUCUGGAUCAGAAUUUGAUGAGAUGUUUGUGGGUGUAGGAGCCAGCCGUAUCAGAAAUCUUUUUAGGGAAGCAAAAGCAAAUGCUCCUUGUGUUAUAUUUAUUGAUGAACUAGACUCUGUUGGUGGGAAGAGGAUUGAGUCUCCAAUGCAUCCAUAUUCAAGGCAGACUAUAAACCAGCUUCUCGCUGAAAUGGAUGGUUUUAAACCCAAUGAAGGAGUAAUCAUUAUAGGAGCUACAAACUUCCCAGAGGCAUUAGACAAUGCCCUAAUACGUCCAGGUCGUUUUGACAUGCAAGUUACAGUUCCAAGGCCAGAUGUAAAAGGACGAACUGAAAUUUUGAAAUGGUAUCUGAAUAAAAUCAAGUUUGAUAAGUCUGUUGACCCAGAAAUCAUAGCUCGAGGUACUGUUGGGUUUUCUGGAGCAGAAUUGGAGAAUCUGGUGAACCAAGCUGCAUUAAAGGCAGCUGUUGAUGGCAAAGAAAUGGUUACCAUGAAGGAAUUAGAGUUUUCCAAAGAUAAAAUUCUUAUGGGACCUGAACGAAGAAGCGUGGAAAUUGAUAAUAAGAACAAAACUAUUACAGCGUAUCAUGAAUCUGGUCAUGCUAUUAUUGCAUACUACACAAAGGAUGCAAUGCCUAUCAACAAAGCUACAAUCAUGCCACGAGGGCCAACACUUGGACAUGUGUCAUUGUUGCCUGAGAAUGACAGAUGGAAUGAAACUAGAGCCCAACUGCUUGCACAAAUGGAUGUUAGUAUGGGAGGAAGAGUAGCGGAGGAACUUAUAUUUGGAACUGACCAUAUUACAACAGGUGCUUCUAGUGAUUUUGAUAAUGCAACAAAAAUAGCUAAGCGGAUGGUUACAAAAUUUGGAAUGAGUGAAAAGCUUGGAGUGAUGACCUACAGUGAUACAGCUAAACUGAGUCCUGAAACUCAGUCUGCCAUUGAGCAAGAAAUAAGAAUCCUUCUGAGGGAGUCAUAUGAAAGAGCAAAGCAUAUCUUGAAAACUCAUGCAAAAGAGCACAAGAAUCUAGCAGAAGCUUUAUUGACCUAUGAGACUUUGGAUGCCAAAGAGAUUCAAAUUGUUCUUGAGGGGAAGAAAUUGGAACUGAGAUGAUAACUCUUUUGAUAUGGAUACAUUGCUGGUUUUAUUGGAAGAAUAUAAGUAGCAUUGUAGUAACCUCCUUUUGCAUCGCUUCCCACACCCCAUUUUUGACUUGGUAUAAUUCAAGGAUGUGAAACACUUUGUCAGUCUUUUGUCACAUUUAUCUAAUUUUGGUUAUUCUUAUGAUGGUAUCUAUUGCAAAUUAGCAACUAUAGCAAAUAUAUUUUAAAAAAAUAAAGAACUAUCAGGAUUGGAAACAGAUGGUUUGAGAAAUGACAGUUACAUUGGAAGUAAGUAAUGCUUUUAUAGUUCGUUACUCUGAGCUAUGAAUAAAAUAUUGUGCCUUUA